AAUUAAACAAUAAAUACGGCUAAUAUAAAAAAAACCAGGUUUUUUUAUUUAAGGACAAUAUUUUUAUAUUUGACAUAUUAUGUAGCUCUAAACUUGUUUUAUCAUCAUUUUAGCUUUUACUUCGUUAUAAUGAAGCUGAUCGUUCCAUUGAUGAUUUAACAACAUUAGUCAAAUCGGUUCGAACAUUACAAAAUACGAAUGAUGAAGAAAAUCGUACAUUUGAUCGAAUUAUUCAAUUAUGUCAAGAAAAAGACCAUGAAUUGUCUCAACAUCGCCAUGAAUUACAACGUGUUCGACAAUUGGUUAUUGAUAUGUCAACAGAACUUCAUCCAGAUGAUAGUCGACAAUUAAUGCAAAAAUUAAAUUUACUUGAAAUACAAUGGAAUGAUGCUGAACGAAUACUAAUAACAUUAAUUGAUUCUGUAACAAAAAAACAUAUUGAAUAUAGUGACUUUCAUAUGAGAUUUAAUCGUUUAAUAGACUGGUUUAAAUAUUUUGUUAAUGAAGAUAUGAAUCAUCGAAUUAAUGGUCUUACGCUUGAAGCUAGUCUUGAUAUACUUAAAACAGAUAUAAAAAAUAUAUUAAAUGAAAAACGUCGUCAUGUUAAUGAUUUAAUUGGACAAGCAAAAGUAUUACAAUCAAAAAUGAGUAAUAAUGAUCAAAAUCAAUUAAAUAUAAUCAAACAAAAUAUCGAACAAUUAGAACAAGUAUUAAACAAUGCCGAAGAUCAAGUUGAACGACGAAUAAAAAAGACGGAAACAACCUUAAAAACGUUACAUGAUUUCGAAACCGGUUCAGAAAAUUUAAGAUUAUGGCUUGAUAAUGUUGAAACAAAACUACAACAACCAUUUUCUUUAAGUACAUUUAAUGCAGUUGAAGUACGCACACAUGAAGAAAUACUUAAUACAAUUGAAUCUGAUAUUGAAAAUCAUGUGACCAUUAUAAAUCAUAUUCUAUCAUUAGGACAAUUAUUAUUAAAUGAUAAUGAUAUAAAACCAAGAAAUAUCGAUUCUUUACCACGAUCAAUGAAAACAUUAGAAACACGUUGGAAAAGUGUAAAAGAACUUGUUCAAAGACGAAAAAAUGAACUUAAUAAUAUGAAUGUAUCAUGGAAAAAUGUUGAUGAUUUACUUAAACGUGCAUCAAAAUUACUAAGUGAUCAUGAACGUUUUAUAAAAGAAAUAAAAAGUAUUGAACAUAAAGGAAUAAAUGGUGUACGAAGUGAAUACAAAACUUUAGAAGUAAUUCUAAUAUAUCUUAUGAAUUUUCAACGAACAUUGGACGGUGAUGUAAAAGAAAUUCAACAAAUUAAUGAAAUAUAUUCGGAAAUGAUACAAAAUAAUUUUAUUGAUACAAAUGGUGAAAUAAAAUCAAAACUCAAAUACAUGUUAAGUGUUCAUGAUGAUUUCCAAUUGACACAAGACUCUCUUGCAUUAUGGUUAGCAGAUUUGGAUGGAUUGUUAACAAAUUUAGAACAUUUAUCCGAAGCUCCACCAAUGGAAAAGAUACGACAACUGGAUGAUAUGGAUCGUGAAAUUCAAGAGAAACAAUCUAAAAUUGAAUAUGUUAGAACUUGUGCCAAUUAUUUAUUAACUAAAACAGUUGAUUUAACAAUAAAUGCAAAUGAUUUGACAACAUUUUGUGAACAAUUACGAGAUCUAACAAGAAGAAUUAAAAAAUUGAAGCAAAAACUUUUACAUAUAAAUGAACGUGAAUUAGAACGUUUACAAUCUUCUCCAUUACACAUGACAUCAUCUAUUUUGUCAACUGAUGCUGUUAUGCCAUUUUCAUCUCCAAAACGAUUCACGCCAUCGCCAUCUAGAUCACGCUCGCCAAGACGACCACGUCAACCAGAAAUAACACCAAAAUCGGGUCGAUAUGAUCAACAAGAAUUUGAUACUAGCCAACAUGCACAAGAAUUGUUUGCCGAUUUUGAGGAUGCUCUUUUACAAACAAACGGUGAUAUAUUGACAAAAGAAGAAAUAUUACGAGCAGCAACACCCGUGGGUGUUCAUGUUGAACAAACACCAAAUGAAUUUAGUUAUAGUCAUCUUCUCUCAUCAUCCCAACGAAAAGUGGAUGCUGUCCAAGCGCUUAUUAGUCAAAUUGAUCAGGAAAUAGGUCCAUUAAUAGGUAGUGAUUUGAACAAUGAUCCAGUAGUUGUUGAUCUAAUGAAUCGAUGGAAACGUAUACAAAUCCUUGCAUCUGAUAAAGAUGGAAGAUUAAAAACAAAUCAGAAACAAUGGCGACGUUUUAAAAGAAAUUUAGAAAAUUUAGAAAAUGCUGCCGAACAAUAUACCGACAUUGACGGAUUCUAUGAUUUACAAACAUCACUGGAUAGUGCCAUGGAGAUAGCUGAGCAAUUUAAUGAUGGUAGCAGUGAAUCAUCUAUAAUUGAACAUCGUCUAAACACUAUUAAAGAUAAAUUUAGUUUCUUAUUUGUAAAAGCCAAUAGAGAACAUCGUGAAUUAAAGGCUAAUCUGAUUCAUAAUGAAGAAUUAGGCCAAACUAUGGCAGGAAUUCUAAAUCAAUUAGAACACUUAGAAAAUGUUAGUCGUAAUUUAGAACCAGUAGAUGAAAAUGAAUCGGAUCUUACUAUUAAUCGAACAAAAUUACAUCGUUUUAUUCGAAUAUUAGAUGAUUUACGUAUACUCGAAGAUAAACUUUGUAAUCUCGAAGAUCGUUCAGCUAAAUUAUUAUCGGGUGAUCAAAUGCGUUUUGUUGGUGAUGUGAAAGCAGUAUCUGACCGUUUAAGAUCAAUUAAACGUAUCGUUUGUAUGCAGUUGGAUCGUUUAGAAAAAAUAUUAGCAAUACAAGAUGGACUAGAAAAUUCAGAGGUAAAUAUACGUCGAAAUAUCAUAACAAAUUCACCAUUACGAGCAUCACAGCAGCGAUUAUUUCACUAG